GCAACAGUAAAAGUGUUUGGGAGUAUACUUGAACAAUAGACUGUCAUGGAAUACUAACAUGGAUGCUAUGUACAAGAAGUGAAUGAGUAGACUGUAUUUCCUGUGGAAGCUCAGUUCCUUCAAUUGUGCAGUAAGAUGUUGGGGAUAUACCAGUCUCCCAGUCGGUGAUUGCAAGUGGCAUCUACUUUUCUGUGUUCUUCUGGGUGAGCAGCAUCAUUGGGAGGGACACAAAAAGAAACAAUAAAUCAAUUAAGAAGGCCGGUGACACUGAAGAUGGAAAUAUUUGAGUCAAUUACAGACGAGAUCACUGAGCAAACGUCUCUCCAUCAUUAACAACCUUCACAUCAUGUCCGUGACACUUGGCAGCAGCAGAGGAGCUCUUUCUUAAACAGAUUUAUUCAGCUUAGCUGCUGGUUUAAACAACAGUUCAGAUCAUCAUUUAUACCAUUCACUCGUCAUUUAUACAGAGAUGCCAUGUUUUCCGAUUUCAUAGACUUCUUCUAAUGUGCUAUGACUCAGUAAAUUGCUGUAAUAUUAGUUUAAUUUAUCGUCAAGGAUGAAGAAUAUAUGGCUGUGAGUAUUGUUAUAUUGUGUUGUUUCAUAUGAGUUCAAAUAUUGGUUGCUUAAAGGGUUAGAAAAUAGCGACUAUCGUUGCUAGUGUUAGCAUGUCAAUCGCACUUUCCUUUUCAUGUUAACAGAAUGAUUUAAAUCAAAGCUGUGUGGUUGUUUUCCAUACAAAAGGUGUGCUUGUUUGUUUUAGGGUUAGUUUGAACUAUCCAUCUAUCCAUCUAUUUUCUGAGCUGCUUAUUCUCACAAGGGUCGCGGGAGUGCUGGAGCCUACCCCAGCUAUCUUCGGGCAGCAGGCAGGGUACACCCUGAACUGGUUGCCAGCCAAUCGCAGGGCACUUACAAACAAACAACAAUUCACACACGCAUUCACACCUACGGGCAAUUUAGGGUCUUCAAUGAACCUACCAUGCAUGUUUUUAGGAUGUGGGAGGAAACCGGAGUGCCCAGAGGGAACCCACACAGGCACGGGGAGAACAUGCAAGCUCCUGGAUUGAACCCAGGUCCUCAGAACUGUGAGGCAGACGCUCUAACCAGUCUUCCACCGUGCCAUAGUUUGAACUAGUAAACUUAAACUGGCACUUAUUGUGAAGUGAGCUGAAUUGAGUUUCCUGCCAACAUACAGCUCUCGAAUCUCAAGUUUGCACUCGCUAGUCAAAGCAAAAAUUCCGACAAAUUAUUGCUUGUAUCUCGAAAAAUUUGUAAAUCGGCUCACUCGGAUCUCAAGGCACCACAGUAAAUUAAAACAACAGUUGCAACAGCAGAAUAAACAUUUGGAGUGCACAUAACAUACAUCCCAUGUUCCUUACAAAUGGGACAUAAAUUAAAAGAGCCUGCAAUCCAAAGGAAAUUCCCAGAAGACUUCAAAGAUGAGGAAACUAUUCAGACUGUGCCCAAGUUCUGCUUUCCGUUCUGCUUGGAUAGUGUCAUAGUCAACCAGAUGGACGAGAAUUUCACAUUUGUUCUGACUGACAUCAACAGUCAACAUAGAUUUGGUUUCUGUCGCCUCUCCUCGAGCUUACACACCUGCUAUUGCAUCCUUAGCUACCUGCCCUGGUUUGAUGUAUAUUAUAAACUGCUGAAUAUCAUUGCAGAUUACACUGUAAUUGGCCAGGAAAUCAAUUUACAAGACCUCCUGGUAUCCUUACACAACCUUUCCAUUCCUGAGCCUGGUGUUCCUGUUCAUCUUGCUAUGCAUUUCUACUUCACUGUACCUGACUUAAAAGAACUCCCCAGAAUACCAGAGAAUAAGAACCUUACAGAGUACUCUGUAGCCGUAGAUGUCAAUAACAUGCUUCAACUCUACGCGAGUAUGCUUUAUGAACGUCGGAUCCUCAUCUGCUGUAGCACACUAAGCACUUUAACAGCCUGUGUCCAUGGGUCUGCUGCCAUGUUAUAUCCAAUGCACUGGCAACAUGUUUACAUUCCAGUCCUGCCUCAACAUCUUUUAGAGUAUUGCUGUGCUCCAAUGCCCUACCUCAUUGGAGUGCAUUCCAGCCUGAUGGGGAAACUUCAAGGAAUGGCUGUGGAGGAUGUAGUGAUCCUGAAUGUGGACACCAACACCCUUGAAACACCCUAUAAUGACCUUCAAAGCUUACCCUAUGACGUGGUUUCAUCUCUAAAAAGUCGUCUGAAGAAGUUUUCAACAACCGCAGGCGAUGGUGUGGCUCGUGCCUUCCUCAAGAGUCAGGCAUCUCUGUUUGGGAGCUACCGAAAUGCUCUUCAGAUUGAGUUGGGUGAACCAAUAACAUUUAAUGAAGAAAUCUUUGUCAAUCAUCGAUUGAGUGCCAUGAGAGAUUUCCUUCAGAAUGCCAUCCAGCUUCAACUUUUCAAACAGUUCAUUGAUGGCCGUUUGGAGUUAUUAAACUCAGGAGAAGGUUUCAGUGACAUCUUUGAGGAGGAGAUCAACAAAGGCGAUUAUGCAGGAAGUGAUAAAUCUUACCACCAAUGGCUAAUAACUGUGAAGAAAGGGAGCGGGGCUAUCUUAAACACAGUGAAGACCAAGACAAACCCAGCUAUGAAGACUGUUUAUAAAUUUGCUAAGGACCAUGCAAAAAUGGGUAUCAAGGAAGUAAAGAGCCGGCUAAAGCAUAAGGAAAAUGUGGAUAAUGGACCAGGAAUCAUUGUUGGGGGCAAUGACUUUGUUGCAAUAAGAGUCAAGAGUGAGGGGCCAACACAUACGUUGGAUGAACAAAGAAUGAAUUGGCAAUUUGGAUUGACGCAGUCACCCAUGCUGUUGAAGAAAAAAAAUUGUAAUGAAAGUCUGGAAAGUUGUCACAACCAGCCACAGCGAUACUACUCACUAAGGGACGACGAGUGGAUAGAAGAACAUGGUUCUAAUUUGGGUAUAGAAUCUCCCAGCCCGCUUCAAGAGAACUUUUCCAAUGUCAGCAUACUCACAAAUCUCUUCAGCUGCCUGGAUGAGGAUGAUAGCCAACCACUUCCUUUGGCUAAAAGUCUUGAGGACCUGAAGAGUCUGCAAGACUAUGAAAAGCUUCAAGCCACGUUCACCUGUCAGCGGAAGGCUUUCUGUGAACACUCACAAAUACCUCCAGGUUCAGGCCUUGAACCACAACACUCAUCCAGCCCAGAUAAUAUUACCAUACCUCGUCCUCACGGAAGGAAGAGUGCUGAGCUUGCAACUCUGUUAGGACCACUUAUUGGGCAGUCUCAAUCUAAAUCAUCUAAUGAGGAAAGCACAAAGGCAGGGGGUCAAGAAUUUCGGAAAGCCCUGAGCAACGUUGCAGAGGAUCACAUAGAUUUGAUAAGCCUUCUGGACCCCCUUAACAAAUCACCACGGAUUAGUUCAACAUCAACAAGGGAUGAAAGGAAUAUGGAUGUGUCUUCAACUUCUUACAAAACAACAACCCCCCCUAAACUUGACCCAAUGAGCCAGCCUCCUUUUCAGCCAUAUCACAUGUCACCUACUGUCUCUACUCAGUCUGUCUGGGAUCCCCUUCGUCAAAUGCAGUAUUUGUCAGGAGCGAGAAGAACACCUUUCAGCGCAGUCCACGAACCACCAACUGCGUCUUAUCUACACGAUCCAACCCAGCCACGGCCUUUCCCUGCACUCUCAGAAGUCUAUGAACAGCAGUUGCCUGCCAGUCCUACUCCUUUUCCCAGUUAUUGUCUGGGUCACCCUUCCUCAUAUAUCCCACUGCCUCAGUCAUCAACCAGCAAUCAUGGACUUACAGGAAUGACAGACUCAAUGCUUGUCCCAAGUACUGCUCCCAACACACUCACGAGGCCACUUCAAAUGGAAGAAGGCAACCAGAAAACUCAGGAUCUUUUUGGUGACCUUCUAACGAUGAUUAAACCAACUCGACCUCUCCAAAAGAGUAUGGAUCCGCUUCAGAAGAGGUGGGAAACAUUUGACUGAAAUCUUUCCGGAGACUUGUUCCACUUUGACAGAGCCAAAUGUUUUCAUUAUUGCAUCAGAAUCCUCUUUGGAAGAAUUUGAAAUAGCAUUAUGGUGUCUUAAGAAUUAGUGCAUUAGUUCCUUACACAAAACCUAAACUGUCAUUAAUUAUAUUGUUUAUAUGAAACAUUACAUGACAAAUUAAUAAAACACCACAUACAGCAAAGGCAUUUAAAAAAAUGAAAUCUUUCUUGGACUCAUGGUCACCUCAAAUUCAUUAAAAACUUUAAAAUUAGGUUUGAAUUUGUUUUCUUUGGUUUCUGUCACCUUAAGUUGACAGUAGCAUUUGGUGAUUGUAAAGCAAUUCAUAUCAGAUCAAUAAAGAUUUCUCCACUCAUAA